AUGGAACACUCAAUGGCGGCUUCGAUAUUUUGGAAACCCGACGAAAUGAAGGAAAUGACCGCUGAGCUGGCCGCUAGGACUUUGCAAGACAUGAUGGAGCUAUGGAUGGAACAUGUACCGUCAUCUAUGAUUAGCGUAUAUUCUCCGCCAUCACGAAUACCUAAAUCACCAUGGCCAACCCGAAGCGCACUUGAUGUGAAUGCACUCGUCGCUAUGUUUUGGAUUCCAUUCAUAAUGCUAGACCGUCUUAAACAUGUUUAUGUCGAUGGCCUCGUAAAUGGGGUGGACAUCAGGAGAUUUACUGAUGAUUUCAGCACCCAGGCCAAAGCUCAAACUACCGUGGCAAGUGUCAUUAUGGCGGUCAACGCCAGCAUCCUUGCAGUUCCAGGUUUAGGCACACAACUGGCUACGAAGGUGUUGUGUUCCAUCUCUUUCGUUCUCUGUGUCUAUUGCAUCGUUGGGUGCACGAUUGCACAACAAUUGGUUCAGAGAUUGAGAUACCUUGACUUUUCAGCAUAUUACUUACAAGAGGAGAUGGGCACUUUUGCGAUCCUUGCAAGUAUACCGAUGUUCACAUUUCUGAUGAGUUUGGCAUUUGCCAUCAUUGGAGUUCUAGCAGGGAUCUUCACCGUUGAAUUUGGCCUUCCCUUGUCCGCAAGGAUCGGAUGUGGGCUGAUCCUCAUUGUUGGGGGAGGGCUCGUGAUUCCAUUGACGAUGGCCAGCUUUGGGCCUGGACUGAUUCGAUGA